AUCGCACACUCGCGGAAGCCAAACGAGGAGAGGCACGCGCGAAUCGGACAAGCAAGUGAAGAUAGCGCGACGACUUCGGCCUCUUGCCGAAGGCUUAAAGCCAGUGUUCGUCACGAAAGCAAGGGAAGGAGAAGUCCGUUCUCGCUUCCCUUAUGACUCCUCGCCCAUAAUUAUCGGACGUCUCUCUCGCUGAGGCCUUCACACCUUGCCAGUGUUUCAUGCGAUUUUCCUUCAUCUUCCGACACUGAAUCUCUCUCUUCUGAAUCGCUUCAAGCUCGUGAACUACGAGAUUCGCGCCGGCUCCGAAAUGGCCAUGAAGCGCGCUGGUGUGUCCGCCAUCAGAGCUCUGUGCUCGUCUCCGAAUUUCACUAGGCAUGCCCAUUCUACUGCUGGAAGCAAAAAGAUUGUGGGUGUGUUCUACAAGGCCAAUGAAUAUGCUGAGUUGAAUCCCAAUUUCGUGGGCUGUGUUGAGAGAGGUUUGGGCAUACGCGACUGGCUGGAAUCGCGAGGUCAUCAGUAUGUAGUCACAGCUGACAAGGAUGGACCAGACUGUGAACUUGAAAAGCAUAUUCCCGAUCUUCAUGUCCUCAUAACAACCCCCUUUCACCCUGCCUAUGUUACUGCGGAAAGAAUCAAGAAGGCGAAGAAUUUGCAGCUUCUUCUCACUGCUGGCAUUGGUUCUGAUCACAUUGAUUUGAAGGCUGCAGCUGAAGCAGGAUUGACAGUGGCAGAAGUCACUGGAAGCAAUGUAGUUUCGGUUGCAGAAGAUGAGCUCAUGAGAAUCCUCAUUCUUGUAAGGAACUUUUUGCCUGGACAUCAUCAGGUCAUCAGUGGGGACUGGAAUGUGGCUGGUAUAGCAUACAGAGCUUAUGAUCUUGAAGGAAAAACUGUUGGGACUUUUGGUGCUGGACGAAUUGGCAAGCUUUUGCUACAGCGAUUAAAGCCUUUCAACUGCAAUCUCCUCUAUCAUGACCGCCUGAAAAUGGACCCAGAAAUGGAGAAGCAGACUGGGGCCAAAUUUGAGGAGGACCUCGAUGUAAUGCUUCAGAAAUGUGACAUAAUUGUGAUCAACACGCCUCUAACUGAUCAAACAAGAGGAAUGUUUAAUAAAGAGAGGAUUUCCAAGUUGAAGAAGGGUGUCCUUAUCGUCAACAAUGCCAGAGGAGCAAUCAUGGAUACACAAGCAGUUGCCGAUGCUUGCUCCAGCGGACACAUCGGAGGUUAUAGUGGGGAUGUUUGGUUCCCACAGCCAGCACCCAAGGACCACCCCUGGCGGUACAUGCCGAACCAGGCCAUGACACCUCAUAUUUCCGGCACAACUAUUGAUGGGCAGUUGCGAUAUGCAGCAGGAACCAAAGACAUGCUGGAUAGGUACUUCAAGGGAGAGGAAUUCCCUCUCCAAAAUUACAUUGUCAGGGAGGGCGUCCUGGCCCCUCAGUACCGAUAAUUUCCCUGCUGCUCGGCUCAUGCGGUUUCCGCGUUCAUGUUUUCGCAAUUUUCGAGCUUAUAAUAAGUUGCAGGAUCUCAAAGUAGCGUAAUAGUGCUCUGCUCCUGCAAUGUGUGUCCUAAACUCCGUGUCGCUGGCUUGUUCUGUACUCAAGAUGAUGCAGGAUCUUGAACUAGUGUGCUAAUGCUGCUCUUACAAUUAAAUGUCUUGAAAUGUCUCUAGCUUGUGCUGUAUUGAAGAUUGCUGAGGUCUAAUUGAGAAUGGAACUCUACUCUUUGUGCAAA